UUCAUCAUUUAAUAUCCUCUCAUUUAUCUCCUUCCAUUUCAACUUUCAAUUUUUCCACUCAAAAAUAGAAAAAGGAAGAUUCAGACAAAUUGUUGUUAUAUUUAUUAUAUACCCACGAAUUGAGAAGGGACCGAGUUUCAAAUUCAUGGCUGUGAAGAUGAUGAGAUGGACGCCGUGGCCUCCGGCGUCGGCCGCCGGGGUGCGGAGGUAUCGUGUGGGGGUGAAGCCGGCGAGGCUGGACGGAUUUGGAGAAGAACGCGGCGGCGGUGGCCAUGAGGGAUCCGUGGCCGUUAAAGUUAAAUGGAAAGGCGAGCCAAGGCUGUUUCCGUUGAUGGCGCCGUUCCAAUCGCGGCCGAGGGCUGAGACAUCGAGCCGGAAAAUUUUGGAGAAGGGUUUGGGAUUUAUCGAGUGGGAUGAAGAUGGAUGGUUCGAGAACAUUUGCUGUCUUUCGGUGGUUUCUGAUCAGGAUGUUCAUCCUAAAUUUGGAGCCUGGGAAAUCACCUUCAGUAUUCUUCAUUCGUCGGAGAAAAUGGAUUCAAAGGCUAAAACGGCGGUGAUUGGGAGAGUCUCAGUGAAUUUAUCGGAAAUUGCUGUGAGAACGGAGAAAUCUUCGAUUGAGCAGAAGUUGCCUCUGAGCUUGCAGAUUGAUGGAGUUACAAGGGAAGCUUUCCUCACGGUGUUAUUUAAUUUUGUUGAAAUAAGAGAUUCCCAAGAACCAAUGGCUAUAACUCGUGUCGGAUCAGUAAACAUCUCAAGCACAGGCGAACAGAAAACAGAAAGUGUGAAAGCAAGAAGAAGAUCAUUGAGCCAAGAGGAAGUAAGCCUGGACGAAUCGGAUGAGUCGAGCACUUUAGAGGCUCAAGAUGUCAAGCCGACCACCCUUGCUUUCGGACAUGUGCCGGCCUCAGACAAGAAAGAAGGAUGGUUUUCCUGGAAAAAUAGGAGGUUUUAUACUUUUAAGCGCGCAAAGACCAAAGAAGAGAAAUUUGAUGAAAAGCCCGAAAGCUCUUGCAACUCUUUGAGUGAGAGCAAGAUCGAUAUCCAUCCUAAAUCGUCUUCGACUGGAUCAGAGAAAGAUAUUCCAGAACCAGACAUCACCCAAGACAACCCAGAAGGCUCCUGGGAACAAAAGGAGCUCGUAAGCCGAGACGGACAAUCGAAACUCACAGCACCCGUCUUCCUCGCCUCGUUCGACCAGCGCAGCCCGAAAGCCGCCGGCGAAGGCGCCUGCACGGCCCUAGUCGCCGUCAUAUCCCACUGGCUCCUCUCCAACCCCACCAAACCCAACCCCAACCGUCCAGACCUCGACUCCCUCAUAAUCCACGGCUCUUCUGAGUGGCAAAAACUCUGCCAAGACACCACAUACUCGUCCGACUUCCCCAACCGCCACUUCGACCUCGAAACCGUCCUCCGGGCCCGCAUACGGCCCGUCUCCAUCUCCCAUAACAGCUCGUUCGUCGGCUUCUUCGGUGCCAAUAAAUUCGAGUCCCUUAAAGGGGCCAUGUCCUUCGACGACAUCUGGCACGAGAUCACUCGAAAUAUCGAUAGCGACGAGCCGCGAGUUUAUAUAGUGAGCUGGAACGACCAUUUUUUCGUGCUGAAGGUGGAUUCGGAAGCGUACUACGUUAUCGACACUUUGGGGGAGAGGCUUUUCGAGGGGUGUGAUCGGGCGUACGUGCUGAGGUUCGAUAAUAGCGCGGUCAUGACGGAGAUUAAAGAGGAAGAGAAGAUGAUAUGCAGUGGGAAAGAGUGCUGUCGGGAGUUUAUCAAGAGAUUCUUGGCGGCUAUACCGUUGAAGGAGAUGGAAGACGAGGAGAGGAAGAAUGGGGUUUCGUAUUUUUCACUUCACCACAGGCUGCAGAUCGAAUUCAACUACACCUGCUUAUUGUCGUCUUUCGAUUCUUCUUCUAACUCGUCGUCACUAAUGUCGUCUCCGUUCUCUUGCUCGACCUCGACUACUAAUUCUAUGUCUUCUCCCCUGUGAAUGUGAGUGGUUGUUUGGACCGGAAUUGUUAAAAUUACCCGGUUCUUGUUUUGUUUCGCAUCUCAAUAAAAGUUUGGGUCUUUUCGUUCGUUUUCUGAGCUUUAGGCCAUGUUAUUCUGAUUCUACUCCACUAUCGAUAAAUUUAUAAGGUAGUCAUGAUUUUUGAUGUGGGCAUGAGGGAUUUUCGAGCCACUUGAAAGUUCACAUUACGAAAAAAGGUCAAAUCUUUAUGAAUCCAACAGAGAUGGCCCCCUCUUAUCUUAAAUCAGAUUAUGAUGAUCAUGUUCAAUCGCCAUCAAUAGAAAUGGAGUUGUCAGUGUCAGUAUAGAGAGGGGUGAGAUGCUACUAAGCUUGUGGGGACCUACAAACUCGAGCCAAAAGCAACUUACUUUUGAUAAAAAUAGUGAAUAACUUUAGACCAUGG